AUGUUUCCUCUCGUACCUGGCGGCUUACCGUGGGGCCAAGACCCACUUACUUCGUCUACUCAUCGAUUCGUUACCGUUACGCCUGUGCGUGACGAUCUCAUCGUCCCGCCGUUACACCUGCCGCUGGUCUUUCCUGGUAAUCCUCUCCCUGCCAUGCCUCCGCUUGCUGCGGGCCCUAUCCGUCUCCCGAGGUCGGCGCCGCCGCCUUUAGACCCUGUCGCGGCUCUGUAUUACUCUGAGUUUACCGGGGACGUGUCAGUGCGGCCGCCGCUCACGGCCGCCUUGCUCUCCAUCUACCAGCGCCAGUCUCUCGGGCUCACCUUGCUCACCUGCGAUCCUAUGUCCAUUGUUUCGUAUCUGGUGGAAUGGUGGUUCCCCCGGCACCCUGGGCGUCUGCGGGCUGACCGGCGUCCCAGCGCCAGUGCUGUGAAAGGGGUUAUCUCGAGCCUUGCGACUGCCUUUAAGCAGCUGGGCCGGGAAGGGGACUAUGACGCCUCUCAAAGCCGCGGGAAUCCUUGCGACAGCUCAUUGGGGGUCUCUGAUGAGGAUCUCAUGCGCUCCGCACACAUCCGCUCUCUGGGUACUCUGCACCGCUAUCUGGAUCCUACUAGGCACCUCGCCCGCCUCCCGGCCGGCGGGACGGGGACGGGGCUGGUGGUUUCGGAGAGUGAUGAUGAGUGAUAAGUCUGUGCAUGUUUGGUCCUGUCUCACGAGGGUGGGGAGGGAGGGCGACCUCGACUUUUUCUAGUCUUUCUCGUCGUCUAUUUUCUGUAAUCCGUCUUAAUAAAGCUUAGUUGGUACCUGUUGUCUGACUCUGCAUUCUGUGCUGGAAUGGCCAAAACUCGGACUGUCUCGUCCUGGUGUGAUAUCCGUGGUUGGCAUAGGGCCCUCCGUACUUCUGUAUUUGGCAUUUCUGAAGUCAAAGAGCCCGCCACCGUAAGGGCCGGAUUAGUUGGGGCGAGCAUCCGUAUGAUACGAAGGGCUCACUUACAACCUUUGUAACGCUCUCCGCCUAA